UUCACAGAGUAUUGCCUAGUUUAGAGUGCUCACCUAUCAGACAUAUUUUGUUCUGUUAUCUCGUCGGAAAAUGUUGUUGUCUACCUUGAGACCAGCUUCCUGUCGACUUCCUCCGGUGACCUGCAGAAUUCGGUCCCAAUCAAAAGUGUUAAAAGUCAAAAUGGUGAAAAGGCCUGCUCUUCCUUCUCUUCAGACACCGGUGGAUAUGGUGGUUGUGGCAGUUUUUGUUGAAUUUGGAGGCGAUGGUCUUGGUCAUGGUGUUGGCGUCAGUGGCGAUGCUGUUAGGUUAUAUUGGUGGUUGGGUGGUGCAGUGCCAAUGGUUCCGUUGCUGGUGGUUAUGGCUAUGUGGUGUACAUUUAGUUGCCGGUGUUGAGAAUGGUGGUAAGUGAUCAAAUCUAUCUUCAUUAUAACUUUCUAUGACUAGAUUUGUGUUAACCGUGACAGUAUUUGACUUGGUUACAUAUAGUUACAAAUUGGAUCAACAUGGUAACAUACAAUCACAUUGAAAACAAAUUUUGUCAUCAACACAUAAGAUCACAGUUCAUACAUUACGGAUUACAGGUUUGAGUUCACAGGUAACUGUCACUUUAAGUCACAAAUCAAUAUAAACGGGUCACAGAUCAAUAUUAAAAAGUCACAUCUCGUCUUGUAGAAGUUACGGAUUAAAUUUAUAGGUCGCAUUUUAUGUUAUGAGUCAUAGGUCAAAAAUCAUAUUUUAUAUGUCACAAUAUACACAGAUCACAGGUUAUUGUUUA